AUGCUCAUGGUUUUGCGCGAGAACUCGGGGUUCUCAGCGGAUGAGGAUGCUCAGUCUGGGGUGCGCGACGGAAUUGAAGGCUCGCGGCUGACCUGGGGAAUCGGGGCGAGCGCAGCGCCAGUUACAACUGCCGCUGUCGACCAGCGUAGUGUGGUGGUACGGGACGGCUUCUCUGAAACAGGCGAGAAGCCCGCGGCGACCAGCGAAAAGUUUCAUAAUGCUCAAGACAGGAGGAGCGAUGGAAGUGAAGCGCGCGAAGAAGUGGGUCUCGAGUCGACGGUCACUCUCUCUCGUGGGAGGGGGGAUCCCUUGGGGAGGCGGUCGAGCAGAGAAGGGGAGCGUCUCCUGAGAAGUGCUGGCAGAAGCGCUCCCGACAGGACACGGGGUGUCUGGGGCUCGGUAGCUCAUCCAGGUUCUCUGACACGGCGGAAAACUGCGAGUGUAUUUCUGGCAGUUGUAUUUCUCAUGGCCAGCGCAUGGGUAAAGUGCCUGCGCGUUUUGCCAGUGUCCGGCACCCCACGUCCGAAGGUGGGUGCCUCUCGCAGACGCCUUGGAGAGAGCGACAAGGGGCGUCUCCCCUCUGAGUGCGCCGCUUUGACAGGGUCCACAACCGGGGCGCAGGGUGGAGGCGGCGACCAACAGGCUGGGGCUGGAGGAGCUGACCCUGUCGUAUCCGGCGUGCCAGAAGAAGAGGCAGGACUGGCACCGCCCACAACACAAGCUCGAUCGGAGUCAGCGGGCCGAGAGACACAACCGGAAUCUGGUGGGACCUCUGGCAGAACACCGGAGGCGCAACGACGUCCACUUUACGUCCUCCCAGGACGGACCCCUCGCUUCCCAGUUUCGACAUCUGUUGGCAGCCAGGACAGUCGCGCCGGGGCGAAGGGCGGUGGACGAUUGGGAGCUCCGAGGGUGAAGGAGUCUGCCAAGGGUUCAAAGGCUGCUGCCCUGGGUGUUGCCAGUGAGGAUCAGGGAGAGGCCGACAAGGGGCCGAGACCGGCUCGCUCUUCGACACAAGAGCGUCAGGGUGGGGGACGCCCAGUGGACGGUCACAGCGGAACGGGGAGCGGACCCAAGGUGACGCGGCGUGUAGUGGCGGGUGCUUCACUUGGGCCUCGACAACGGAAGGUGGAGGGGCCUGGCAGCCCCGCUGACUCGCCAAGGGUACAGAGGCAGGGAGCCUUCGACCGCUCGGGGCCGACUCCUCCAUUGCGGGUUUCGACAUCUCUUGGAAGCCAGGACAGUCGUGGCGGGCAGAAGCGCGGUGGGCGACCGGGACGUCCAAGCGUGAAGGAGUCUGCCAAGGGUUCAAAGGCUGCUGCCCUGGGUGUUGCCAGUGAGGAUCAGGGAGAGGUCGACAAGGGGCCGAGACCGGCUCGCUCUUCGACACAAGAGCGUCAGGGUGGGGGACGCCCAGUGGACGGUCACAGCGGAACGGGGAGCGGACCCAAGGUGACGCGGCGUGUAGUGGCGGGUGCUUCACUUGGGCCUCGACAACGGAAGGUGGAGGGGCCUGGCAGCCCCGCUGACUCGCCAAGGGUACAGAGGCAGGGAGCCUUCGACCGCUCGGGGCCGACUCCUCCAUUGCGGGUUUCGACAUCUCUUGGAAGCCAGGACAGUCGUGGCGGGCAGAAGCGCGGUGGGCGACCGGGACGUCCAAGCGUGAAGGAGUCUGCCAAGGGUUCAAAGGCUGCUGCCCUGGGUGUUGCCAGUGAGGAUCAGGGAGAGGUCGACAAGGGGCCGAGACCGGCUCGCUCCUCGACACAAGUGCGUCAGGGUGGGGGACGCCCAGUGGACGGUCACAGCGGAACGGGGAGCGGACCCAAGGUGACACGGCGUGUAGUGGCGGGUGCUUCACUUGGGCCUCGACAACGGAAGGUGGAGGGGCCUGGCAGCCCCGCUGACUCGCCAAGGGUACAGAGGCAGGCAGCCUUCGACCGUUCGGGGAAGUCCGGCUUCUUCCGUAUGUGUGUCGCUUGCGGCAGUGAGCCUCGCCGCGGCGGGCAGCAGAGCGAUGGUCCACCGAGAGUUCCGAAAGUGAAGGAUUCUGCCAAGGGUUCAAAGGCUGCUGCCCUGGGUGUUGCCGGUGAGGAUCAGGGAGAGGCCGACAAGGGGCCGAGACCGGCUCGCUCUUCGACACAAGAGCGUCAGGGUGGGGGACGCCCAGUGGACGGUCACAGCGGAACGGGGAGCGGACCCAAGGUGACGCGGCGUGUAGUGGCGGGUGCUUCAAUUGGGCCUCAUCAACGGAAGGUAGAGGGACCUGUCAGCCCUGCUGACUCGCCAAGGGUACAGAGGCAGGUAGCCUUCGACCGUUCAGAGUCGUCGGCCCUCUUCCCUAUAUGGGUUUUUUUAGGCAGUGACAUUCGCCGCGGCGGGCAGGAGGGCGACAGUCGACCGGGACGUCCAAGCGUGAAGGAGUCUGCCAAGGGUUCAAAGGCUGCUGCCCUGGGUGUUGCGGGUGAGGAUCAGGGAGAGGCCGACAAGGGGCCGAGACCGGCUCGCUCUUCGACACAAGAGCGUCAGGGUGGGGGACGCCCAGUGGACGGUCACAGCGGAACGGGGAGCGGACCCAAGGUGACGCGGCGUGUAGUGGCGGGUGCUUCAAUUGGGCCUCAACAAGUAAUGGUGGAGGGGCCUGUCGGCCCUACUAGAUCGCCGCUGGUACAGACGCGGCCUCGCUUCGACCUGCCGGGGUCGGCUUCUCUCGUCCCGGUGUCGUCGUCUUUAAACAGCCCUGGAACAGAGACGGGCGGACGAGCACCGGGCGAGACUGGCUCGGCCGAUGGGGGAGCGGGUUCCGGGUCUGUGCAGUUGAUUUCUUUGGAAGAGGCGCUGGCAGCCAUUUCAUCACCCAUCUCACCCACGGCGUUUCCAGAAAAGGAUCGGUUUGAAGCGCCGCGCAGUGUGAAUGCAGCCACUCACGCGGGUGAAGGGUCUGAGGGUUUGGCGAGCGCGGAAGCCGUUUCGUCGCCUCCGUCUCGACGACGGCAGUGGGAUCGACCUCCUGGAUUGCCAAGCGUACAGAGGCGGUCUCGCGUCGAUCUGACGGGAUCGGCGCCUCUCGUCCUGGUGUCGUCGGUUUUGGAGAGGCUUGUAUCAGAGACAAGUGAAAGUCGACUCGCGGGACCGGGGUUGACGGAUUCGGCAGAGGACCGACGGGUUACACUUCUGCCUGUACCGGAAGACCGACAGGGUGAAGGACGCCCAGUGGACGGUCACAGCGGAACGGGGAGCGGACCCAAGUUGAUUUCUUUGGAAGAGGCGCUGGCAGCCAUUUCAUCACCCAUCUCACCCACGGCGUUUCCAGAAAAGGAUCGGUUUGAAGCGCCGCGCAGUGUGAAUGCAGCCACUCACGCGGGUGAAGGGUCUGAGGGUAUGGCGAGCGCGGAAGCCGUUUCGUCGCCUCCGUCUCGACGACGGCAGUGGGAUCGACCUCCUGGAUUGCCAAGCGUACAGAGGCAGUCUCGCGUCGAUCUGACGGGAUCGGCUUCUCUCGCGCCGGUGUCGUCGUCUUUCGACAGCCCUGGAACAGAGACGGGCGGACGAGCACCGGGCGAGACUGGCUCGGCCGAUGGGGGAGCGGGUUCCGGGUCUGUGCAGUUGAUUUCUUUGGAAGAGGCGCUGGCAGCCAUUUCAUCACCCAUCUCACCCACGGCGUCUCCAGAAAAGGAUCGGCGUGAAGCGCCGCGCAAUGUGGAGACGGACACUCACGCGGGCGAGGGGUCUGAGGGUUUGGCGAGCGCGGAAGCCGUUUCUCCGCCUCCGUCUCAACGGUGA